CCGUAGCUAAACAAUAUUACAACACUCACAGUCGCAUUUUAUUUAUCUUCUGCGUAGAAUUACUUUUAUUAGUGCUGUACUGAUGACUUGGGAGAGGAGUUCCGAUGUAUCAUUUUACGAAUCCCACUGAGUUUUAGGCUGGUCACGCCACAGCUGCAAUAUUAUUGCCUGUAAUGUGGCAAAAACGGCUUAUUUUUAAUGUUAUUUAAUCAUGUAUCUGCUUUGUAAAAUACAAGCAUGGUUCAGUAAUAAAUUAAACUCAUAUCUCAAGGUAGCACUGUCACUCACUCUCUAGCUCACAAUCCAUAAUUUUACCCAUAAUCAUGAACUAUACGACCGGUGAUAAAUAGUACACUAUUUUCCUAGAAGAAGAAAAAACACUUUUUUAAAACUUAAUCACAAUUCAGUUUGUAUAUGCUACUGUAUGUAAGGACAUUUACUGUACAUCUAAGCCAGCUCGUCAGGGUGGGAUGGUUAGGAUGAUGCCGCCCUCCCACAUAUUCAAGAGAGACACUUUUUUUUUCAUGCUCACUCUCCCUGCCGCAGAGCUCUGAGCGCGCCAAUACACAGGGUAGGAGGUUUAGAAAAAGGGCGGGUCUUCCCCCGAGCUCAGCCAAUGCACAUGAAGGAGAGCUGCUUCCAGAUCGGAGUGCCCUUGUCGUCUCAGCAUUGGGAUCCAGAGAGGAGGCAAAGCACGACAGGCAGGUGCUUGGAUUGGUCACAUUGGAAAUAUCUAAAAGGAUGCCCAGAAGCAAGUGAAUGACGGACAAGUUCACAUUUUCCGGAUACGGCAGGAAACAGUGACACAAGUCUUGGUUUUUACCAUUUUUUUCUUUUUCACUCUUCUUUGCUUCCCAGUCUCCUCACUCGGAGGGAUUCUCCUUUCUUGCGCUCUUCAAGGACUGCUGACACACAGAGACACACACAUCUAUCUACUCGAGCACAGCCGCCAUGGAAACCGGGAGUCCUAGGAAGAUACAGUUCACCGUCCCGCUACUGGACACCCACUUGGACCCGGAGGCAGCGGAACAGAUUAGGAGACGUCGACCAACACCUGCAACUUUAGUGGCAUCCAGCGACCAGUCAUCACCAGAAAUCGAUGAAGACCGUCUACCAAACCAGCUCUACAAGGCUGCCUUGUUGAACUCCCCUCGACAGAGGCGAAAAGGACAAAAAGGAACGCCUACGAUGAAAGAGCUGCAGUUUCUUGUGGAGCAUCACCUAUACAGGCAGCAGCAAGGAGGCGCUGACGAGUGCUCCUCCGAGAGUUGCCUGUCGGAUAGGCCCAGCCCCGACUCGGUGGCCCCGGGGGAGGAGCUCCCGCGGGACGACGAGGCUACCGCCGAAGCCUUUGAGAAGUUGCGCUGCCAAAUGGAAGCCGAGUUCUCCAGGGAGACUCUGUCAGAGGCGUCCGUCGACGGAUCGGAGGGCCCCUUCUCAAAGGAAGAAGACGACGACUGUUCCAGAGUUGCUUCAUCAGAUCCUUCAUCGCAGCUUAACGAGGCUCAAGCAGACACAAAAGCGGCGACGUGCGGCAGCACCAGUCAGCUAGCUGACGAGAAGAUAAAGAAGCUCAUCCCGGGUACAGAAAAAUAAAUGUUGAAAAAGAAGAUAAAAAGAAUGAAUGAAAGCACUUGUGUGUACAUCAUAAAUGCUGCUCCUUCUACUCAGCCAGCUCCACACAAUGACAAAAAGAUUGUGUGUGUGUGUGUGUGUGUGGGCGCAGACUCACUUUCUAGGGGGCCUCAGUUACCAGCCACAAAACAACCUUCAUGUAUAGCCAUACAGUUCCAAAGGGAUCCUUACGUUUUUGCUUCUGUAAUUCCAAUUUCCCAUGAUUCAAAACACUCAUUUCAGCGUCGCACUUGCGUAUUACACAUCUCCUGUCAUAUCAGCAUUUCAUUGAAUCAAUAUAAUUUUUUGUGCCAUGACGUCUGUGAUUGUUCCGUUGAAGCAAGAACACCCCGUUUGUACCUCGUGAAAUUUUCAUUUUCAAGUUCAUUUUCACAUUCCUAACUGGCAUACGGGGUUAAAGCUAUUCAUUCUCAAAUAAAAAUAAAAUAAAGUCAAACGAUUCACCCUUUGAUGACAGCUGAUGGACGUAACAUAAAAGGGAACAGGAAUUGGUAGAUAUGUGAAUAGAUGCGGUGAUACUUUUCAAUAAUUGUCUUAGUUGCCAUAAAAUGAGGCCAUCUAUAAAGAAAUUGGUCUCAAGGAAGUAAGGUGAAGCAUCUCAACUUCGACCCAAGCUUUUAUGGAAAGCCAUUUGAGCAUUUAGCCGAUACCCAGUUUCAGGUUCUUGUACGAAAAUGUUUUUUCCUUUUUUGUCUUUGUGCACAAUUCAGUGCACGACAGUGAACGACUGUGUCUAACUAUUUACAUUUUUUCCCCCCACGAGUGUGAGCGUAACAGCUUUUGUAUGAACCUAUUAGAGCAUACUGUAUAUUUUGAAGUGGCUGUGGUAUCCUUGAUGGAUAUCAAGGAUAUCCCAGGUCCACGUCAUCGUACAUUCAACUUUGGAAUUCUAAUGCUGGACGGGCUUUAACCCUUUCAGGGACAGCGGUUACUAUAGUGGACAGUUUAUCAUGUUACAGGGUGCGUGAAAAGGUUAAACUGGAUAUCAGGAUAUGGAAUAAAUGCUCAAAUGUCUCUCCAAAAGCUUGAUAUGGUGGCGAGGAGCUUUAGUUUGUUUAGCCUGGAUUGUUAGUAGACGUUAGUAGAGUCGUUUCUAAAUGUGCACGUAGAUGCGCACUUCAGAUGCAUUGGUUUCCAAAUCUAAAUAAUCUGUCAGACGUUUAUUUUUUAGGUUCAUUUUGUAAGAUGAGUUUGAAAAUACAUUUCUCUUUUUGGCCAUGUAGGCAAUUGUAAACAUUUGUACUUGCUUUUUUUUUUUUGGCGCUCCCUUGUAGAGCUCGAACCCUUGAAUAUUAGCGAGGGAUUACUGUGUAAAUUUGCUGAUUUAAUGGAUAGGAGCCAGGUCCAUGUUCCAUUAUGCUGUAUCACAUAUUUUCAUUUACUAGUUUUAUUUCUUUCUUCUAAUGUAAAUUCAUCUGAUAAAACACUUUCUUGCAUGAUCCAACGAGAAUUUUUUUGUGCUUCGUUUUGUAUGGCACAAACCCAUUUUACAACCGGAUAAUCCUUCGUCUAAUCAACCAGAACAUGUAAAAUUCCUCCAAAUUGAAGUUACGUUGAUAUGGAGAUUGUGACAAUCACUUCUCAUUUACGAUACAUCACACACAUCAAUAACAAUACUGAAAAAUACAACUUAAAAAAACAACAACAAAUUUUGCUCUUUUUUUCUGCUUUGUAUUUAUGGAUUCUGUCGUGUUUAUUUUGUUUUUCAAAAUGGAACUUCAACUCAAACUAUUUGUUCCAAGCUUACUUGAAUUCAUGAGUUCUCCAAAUGUGUUUGAUACAAUAAAAUGUUGAAAUUG